UAAGAUCGAGAUUUAAUGACAGUUAGACAAUUUCGCGAAUAAUGUUCAAGUUAAGUUUGUUUAUUAUAGCACUAGUCACGACUGGUGUCUAUUCAGUCAACAAUGACUGGUGGAAGGACGCAAUUAUUUAUCAAAUUUAUCCCCGAAGUUUCAAAGACAGCAACGGAGAUGGAAUUGGAGAUUUGAAUGGAAUCACCAUGAAGAUGGAGCACAUAAAGGAUAUUGGAGUUGAUGCUUUAUGGCUUUCACCAAUUUACACAAGCCCUCAAGUGGAUUUUGGAUACGAUAUCGCCAACUUUACGAAUGUCGACCCCGCUUAUGGUACUUUAGCCGAUUUUGAUAAGCUCGUGGCUAAAGCAAAGAGUCUCGGUUUAAAGGUGAUUUUAGACUAUGUACCUAAUCACAGUUCUCACAAACAUCCAUGGUUCCAAAAGAGUAUACAAAAGAUCAAGCCCUAUGAUAACUUUUACAUUUGGCGUGAUGCCAAAAUAGUGAAUGGUAUGAGAAAACCGCCAAACAAUUGGUUGAGCACAUUUAAGGGAUCGGCUUGGGAGUGGAAUGCACAACGUGGUCAGUAUUAUCUUCAUCAAUUUGCGACUGGUCAACCGGAUUUAAAUUAUCGUAGCAAAGAAUUAGAUCAAGCGAUGAAGGAUGUUUUUAUAUUCUGGAUGAAUCGUGGCGUUGAUGGUUUUCGUAUUGACGCAAUUAAUGUUCUUAUGGAAGAUUUGCGUAUGCCUGAUGAGCCAAGGAGUUAUAAUCCGAACGCUGCAGCUGACGAAUAUGAAUAUUUGAAUCAUAUAUAUACUAGAGAUCAAAAUGAUACCUAUGAUGUUGUGAAAGCAUGGAGGAAAUUAUUAGACGAUUAUGCAUUAAAACAUAAAACGGAUUCUAAGUUUAUGAUAACUGAAGCCUACACGAAUGUUCCUUUGACUCUCAAGUACUAUUCAGCCGGGUCAAAUCCAUUCAAUUUCAUGUUCAUUUCCGGCUUAAAUGGAGCAUCAACGGCAGUUGAUUUCAAGCGAGCGAUUGAUACUUGGACGAAUAAUUUGCCAAAGGGAAAUGUUUCUAAUUGGGUGACUGGUAACCACGACAAUCAUCGAGCGGCGUCAAGAUUUGGUGUGAAGAAGACCGACAUGAUUACCAUGUUAGCGGCGGUACUGCCCGGAAUCACAGUCGUUUAUAAUGGCGACGAAAUUGGAAUGAUAGAUAGAAAUUUCACAUGGGAAGAAACGAAAGAUGUUUUUGGUUGUAAUGCUGGACCAUUGAGAUAUCAUUUGUUUUCUCGAGAUCCAGAACGAACGCCAUUCCAGUGGGAUGAUACGACAAGUGCUGGAUUUUCAAGUAGUAAAAAUACUUGGCUUCCUAUACAUGAGAAUUAUAAAAUUCUUAAUUUGGAUCUUCAAAAGAAGGCACCAUUGUCACACUAUAAAGUAUUCAAGGCAUUGACAACUUUAAAGAGAAAUGUUUUGAAUAUCAGGAAAUCGACUAUGGAAACUGUGUUAAUUACAAAAGAUAUUUUAGCAGUAAUUCGAAGAUUGGAUAAGAAAUUACCAAUUGUGCUCUUAAUUAAUACGUCGGAUAGAGAUGCUGUAGUUGAUGCUAGUAGUUGGUUAAAUAUUCCUAGACAAAUGUAUGCAUACAUUGCAAGUGUCGAUUCAAAAAUUGUUUCCGGCACUCGUAUUGAUACAAAAUUAUUGCGAAUACCUGGAUCAGCAUCAUUGAUUCUUACAACGUCAGCACAACUUUUUGAAUUGUUUAGAUAUUUGAAUUUUUAAUAUAGUUAUUUGUAAUAAUUUUGUGUAUUAGUAAAUUUACAUUUAAACAACAUGGAAAAAAUUGAAUUGGUAAAAUAUGAUAUAAAUUUUGUAGCAUAUAAGUUUGAAUAAACACAUUUUUUUGGAAAAAAGUU